AUGGGUGUGGUGAACACGAAGGAGAGGCGCAACUCCAACAACGACGAUACCCUACCCAGCGAAUUUCUCUCCAACUCGUUGAAUGAACUUCAAAUUUUGGAGGGGCACAAGGACAUCGUGAGGCUGCUCGUUGUGCUCGACCAGGCCAGAAUCGCGUCGGCUUCUGACGAUGGCACGAUAAUGAUUUGGAACUACCAGACAGGCUGCCUGACCAAGCUGGAGAGCGGCAGCGAGACAAAGGCUUCGCUUUUCUGCUCCGGCGGCAACGACCUGCACCUCAAGGUGUGGGAAUUCUCCUCGAGCGCUCAAACUCCUCCCGUGCUCCUCGGCUCCAUGGAGCGACAAGAGGAAGAAAACCUGCACUGCCUUCUUCCCAUCAGCGAAGACCGAGUCGUGACGGGCUCCAACUCCUCAUUUCUAUUUGUGUACAAUCGAAGGACUUUCCAGUUUGACAAGCUGCUGGCCUACCACCGCGAGUCAGUGCGAUGUCUCGUCACCGUGAACGACGCUCUGUUCGCCUCCGGUUCGCUGGACGGAUCGGUCGUGGUGUGGCAAGCGGAUUCGUUGGCGCCCCUCAAGGUGCUCGACUACCCCGAGAAGUACUACGAGAACCACAUCUUCACCAACUCUAUCAACCACAUCACCGUCCUGACCGAGCGGUAUAUCGGCGCGGCUGUCGGUCGAGGGUUCAAGGUGUUUGAUAUCAGCACGGGUGACUGCGUCGCAGAGUGUAAAGAUGGACACGACGCCAACGUCACCCGAAUCCUCUCCAUGUACAAUAGAACUCGGAUCGUCUCCUGCUCGGCGGACUCGUCAAUCAAGCUGUGGGGCGCACAGCUGGGCGGGACGUCGCAAAAGACCCCCGCGUCGCGCUACGCUUUCGGGCGACUGCGUGCGGCGCCCACGCAGCCCGUGUGCCUCGGGGACAUGUGGGGCCACUCCGAUGCCGUGUACGACAUGGUCGCCCUCUCCGACAGCGCCCUCUGCUCGUGCGGUGCCGAUGGCCUCGUCAUCCUGUGGAAGGACGGACGCGAGCAAACCGAGAUCAGAAAUCAGAUGGCGGCGAUUUCGUUGAUGCAGAACCUGCUCCUCGAGCCGCCCACGGACGAGCCGGAAGAGACGUUGGCGCUCGACCUCUCGGCUCCCAUUGCUCCCAGCGAAACGCCCCAGGGCCGGCGCAGCCGAGCCAACAGCACGCGACGACCCCGAAAACCGUCUCUGACAUCGCCGAGGACCAAGCACAAGAGCCCAUUGAAGGCCAGCCGAGACGGAACCCCCAGCAAGCCCUCGGGCCUCAACUCGCCAGAAGGCCAGAACGGGAAUGCGGAGAGCCCCGAGCGAAUGACGGUCAGCGACAGCCAGGUGCAGUUCAGCAGCCAACAGAAGCGGAGGAUCACCCUCACCUACCGGGCCACGCUCGACCUGGAAAUGGAGGCCGGGGCCACUCUCCAGGACUCGGGCGCCUUCGACCUCCGCCAGGAGAGCAACAAGAGUGAAGAGUUCGGGGCGGUGGAGUACACGAGCGAUGAGUCGGAGAUGAGCUCGAGCACAGGGGAUCUGUAUUCGACGCACAGCGGUCUCGUAUGA